CCACGGCCUGUGCAAACCCACAAUGGUCUGCCAGAUCCUGGGUCAGACAACGGGCAGCCACCCCAUACUCCAGCAGUGCUAUCUCUGGAUCUUAUCAGGAUAACUGGGAGCAGUAAUGAGUAUAAAGAAGGGCCCCAGAGCUCUCCGGCCUCUCAGCACAGGCAACAAAAGAGUGACGUGGUUACGUCACCAGGUUCAAGGACAAGUGUGCAACAGGAGACUUUGGAUGAGAGGUCUAAUAAUAUCCUCAACCUGCAUUCAGUGACUCAGCAUGGAAACACAAAUACUUCCACCUCUUUCAAGGAGGGCAUGCAGCGGUUCUCCAAUGUAGAGACCUCCCAGAGCAGCAUCUGGCCCAGCGUGAGGAACACUUUGUUAAGCCAGAGGCUCAUCAGCACCCCAGUAGGCAGCGAACAGAUAAUCAGAAGCCAGCCAAAACGUGCAGAGCUUAGUUUUGAAGAGCUUAAACCCCUGAACGAUGGGUCCAGGGCGGUGGUGGCCAUACCAGGCAGCACAGGCUCUAAAAAUAAUGGUAAACACUCCAACAAGUGUGAGAACUGUGGUCGGUGCAAGUGUUUAGAGUGUAGUCGCCCACGGGUGCUUCCUUCCUGCUGGAUGUGCGGCAAUCGGUGCGUGUGCUCGGUGCAGAACAUAGUGGAGUAUGGGACGUGCGUCUGCUGCAUCAAGGGACUUUUCUACCACUGCUCCAGUGAUGAUGAGGACACGUGCGCAGACAAGCCCUUCUCAUGUACGCAGUCUCACUGCCUCAUCCGCUGGACUACUGUGUCACUCCUCUCCAUACUCUUCCCCUGUCUCCUGUGCUACCUCCCAGCAAAAGGAUGUGUCCCUGUGUGCCAGAGCUGCUAUGACCGAGUCACACGACCUGGCUGUCGGUGCAGCAACACACACCUGAUCCGCUCUUGAGGAUGCUGACAAGUUAACGUAGACAAGAUGGUUGUGUGUGUUGAAAUUCAGAAGGAUGGAGAGACUCCACGCUGACUGAACUGAUAGAUGUCCUGGCCCUCUAGUUGACAGGUUUGAAGCUAAUGAUGCUGUCGUGCUUGACUUUUUGUGUUUCAUGCCUACCACAUCUAGACAAAGACAGUCACAAGUUGCCACAAAUUGUCAACUUUUAAAUCAAGUAGACAAAAGCAUUACUACUAAAGGCACUGGCAGUGCUUUCACUUACCCUAGCAUUAUCAGUUUCACUUGAAAAGUAAACCAAAAUAAGCACUCCACAUGUUCAGUGGUAUGAAGAUACAUUCAACUACUGUUCCUUCCUGAAAAAUAAUUUCAUCACUCAAGUGCCCAGAUAUGUUAUUGUUGCUACACGAGGCCUUUUUUAAACAUUUAAUACAACUUAUAUGCUAAGAACAGACUCCUGUUACUAACUGCAAAGGGUAUGUACAUUAGAAAAUGGGUUUGACAGAUGUUUUAUUUUUGUACAUAUAAUAAUACUUCAACUGUGAAAGGUCUUCCGCCACACCAGAGGCACCUUGAUAAAUCCACAUGUACAUGAAUCAGUAAACUUCAUUCAUACAAUGUCUGUACAUUCACUGGAAUGUAUAUCAAUCAUUUUUAUGUAAUUUACAAAGGCAAACUCUUAUCCCUUCUAUGUGUAAAUUGUACAGUGACCUUGUAUGAAAAAUUUAUUUUCUAAUUCCAACACUGCUUAGUGUAAAGUUAAAAAUAUAUGUAUUUAUUUGAAGGUCUAUUAUUUUAUAAUGAAAAAUAUUUAUUUUGAGAAACCAUUAUUAAAUGUGUUGGGGUUAUUCUGUAGUCACUGCAGAUCUGAGGUGACCUGUGGGAGUGUCAAAGCUGGAUGAAUAGUUCAGUAUGAAUUAGAUGACAAAUAUAUUAACGUUUGAAAUUAAACUACUUUGAAAUCU